AUGGUGGGUCCCCUUCUCCCCUGGUGCCCAGAUGACCCGGACCCAGAUGACGGAUUUAAUUACAAACAAAUGAUGGUGCGAGACGAGCGGCGCUUCAAGAUGGCUGACAAGGACGGGGACCUGGCGGCCACCAAGGAGGAGUUCACCGCCUUCCUGCACCCCGAGGAGUACGACUACAUGAAAGACAUCGUCGUGCAGGAGACCAUGGAGGACAUCGACAAGAACGGCGGAUGGACGUCCGACCCGCCGCCGCUUCCAGGCGACAUGUCCAGCCACGACGGCGACGCCGACGAGCCCGAGUGGGUGAAGACGGAGCGGGAACAAUUCGUGGAAUUCCGCGACAAAAACCGCGACGGCAAAAUGGACAAGGAGGAAACCAGAGACUGGAUCCUCCCUUCGGAUUACGACCACGCCGAGGCGGAAGCGCGCCACCUCGUCUACGAGUCCGACCAGGACAAG